AUGGAUGGUGGUCUGGGUUACUAUGGGAUGGAUGGUGGUCUGGGAUAUUAUGGGAUGGAUGGUGGUCUGGGUUACUAUGGGAUGGAUGGUGGUCUGGGUUACUAUGGGAUGGAUGGUGGUCUGGGAUAUUAUGGGAUGGAUGGUGGUCUGGGAUAUUAUGGGAUGGAUGGUGGUCUGGGUUACUAUGGGAUGGAUAGUGGUCUGGGUUACUAUGGGAUGGAUGGUGGUCUGGGAUAUUAUGGGAUGGAUGGUGGUCUGGGAUAUUAUGGGAUGGAUGGUGGUCUGGGAUAUUAUGGGAUGGAUAGUGGUCUGGGUUACUAUGGGAUGGAUAGUGGUCUGGGUUACUAUGGGAUGGAUGGUGGUCUGGGAUAG